GGCAUUUCUUGUCCAACUUUCGGGAGAAAGAGAGGGCAGAGCAUGAGUGAUUAUUGUGUGCAAUCAAUGGUCUGCUUCUGUUACUGUCAUGGCUCUUCAGUUUGGGAUGGCUUUGCUUGGCACUGUGCUGUGGAUCUGUAUCUGUUUUCCUCUUCAAAAAGGAUUCAACAUUGCACAUGGCUACCAUCUCUAUGAGAGCCCAGAAACCUCUGACCAGUUUCCUUUUGGAGUGUCUUUAAACACAAACUAUGAGGAUGAGACGGAAGCUACAAGACAACAAAGCUUUGUUUCCCCUCAGACAGAACCGGUCCUAGAUACAGACGGGCAGGAUGUCAGCCCUGAUACUAGCCUUGGUGAAGAGAAGGAGCAAAGACAACCAGACUCGGUACAGGAAGAAGAUGAGUUCUUGGAGGCUUCUCCUUUGAAGCAGAAAUAUGAACAUUCAAGCGCCGAUCAUCAUCCAUUUGGCGUUUUAUUGAAGGAACAUACAGAAAAGGAUGUAAUUGGCAUCAGUUUCCCAACAAUCAAUCAUUUUGAACGGUUUGUAGAAAUUAUGAAGAACGCCUUCUUAACACCAGGGAGUGACGUGGGUAUUCAUUUCCAAACUGCACAAGAAGCUUUGAAAAAUGUUGAAUCUUCAGGAGAGUUUAAUUUGAAAAAUGAAACUUCUACCGAUGUUGACAACCAUAAGCAAAAAGUCUGGAACGGACAGGAUGCCAGCUACAAAACAGCAGAUCUUUUGGACUCCAGUGAAAGUCUUGGUUCUUCCAGUAUUUCUGACAACCAAGAGUUUAGGCCGCACUAUGCCCUGGACGCACGAUAUCAUUUAGCAGCCACAGAUAUUGACCUAAGUAAUAUGGAUGAUAGAGAUUUUCCUGUUCAGUCAACAAGCAACGAUCAACUGCAACAAAUGCAUUUUCCCUCAGGCUCAUAUUUUGGAGAGAAUUUUUCUACUGCAUCUCCCCUUAAAUAUCCAGACGAACCAUCUCAGGAUUCCAGCAACAAUGAAUCACCCAGUUUAACACCUCCUGAGGCAAAUAUCCCAAACUCAGAAUAUACAUCUCACAGUAAUGACUAUUUAAAAGGUUAUCAAAGCCCAUCAGAUGGCUUUGAGCUUGGUAAAGACUUCCAAAGAGUGACUCAACCGGAUGACCUACGUACACAAAAGCCAGCAUCGUUGAGUUACCAUGGCAAACGGUUAUAUGCACCAAUAGAUCGCCUGCCAAAUGGGAAAAUACCAGCAAAGUAUUCAAAUAAUGUAAACUAUACUCCUACCAUCUACCAGCCUGGAACUGGCAGCUCUGUUUCUUCAAGCUCUAAUAGCCUUUUACCACAAAGUUCUGUGAGUAUUCAAACAAGUAUUCCACAAGAACUACAAAAUCAGAUGGACAAAUCUCACCUGGUGUUUACUGUGAAACCGUCCAACUCCCUUCACGGUACAAGCAAAAAUAAUGGUUACCUCGGAUUUCAAAAAGACAGUAUCAUGCUAAAUAAAGAUGAUCGAAAUGUAGUUUUUGACGCUGAGGAACCGAAUGAUAACACCGUAUCUAGUGACACAGAUUCACCCCAGGGUGGGAUCACGUCUUACAGAACUGACAACGUAAUGCAUUCCUUUUCCAAGCCACAAAAACAAGCCAUUUCCCUCAAUGGCAUCAAUGCGGGUGUAAUGAAGACGCUUCCUUCCAGUUUAACUAUGGAGCACAGAAACUUUCCUUACUGGUUUUCUGAAUGGAUGUCUGUGCCCAAGGGUUUUGCAUUGAGGAUCACUCCCAGGGAUGGUGAACACAGGAUGAGCCUUCCUCCUCGACCAGCCAGAAAUGUGUCACCGUUACGUAUAUAUUAUGCUAAGUCCACUAACCGCUAUACAAGGGCUGCAGCCCAUCGAUCAAACACACGUUAUACACCCUAUCGACGGGCUCAAAAGGAAUCACUGCUAAGGACAGAAGUAUACCCUGAGUCAAAGUAAAUAAAAGAAAUGCUCAGCAUACAAUAUGAAGAUCAGCAAAGCAGACAGAUUAAAUUGUAUGGCUUUCAAAUGUUUUGUUUGUGAACAUAAGGGAUGUGCUUUUAACAAAACUUUGAAAGAAAUCACGUGUCAAACCUGUGAAUGUGUUUCCUCCUCAUUUAAAUUGUAGGUCACAUUUCUGAUGGCAAAUACGACUAAGUGUUCAUGCCUUUAAUGGUCUUUCUCCAACUGGAGCAAAUCAAGUUUCUUGUGGUCUGUACACAUUGACGAUAAUUAAAGUCCUAAGCAUUUUAUG